CAAACUAGGACCUUGGGAGUGGCUGCAUUGGAGUGGUGUUGCAACACGUCUGGUGAACUGUCGUUGCAUGAGAAAGAUUGCAUUCACAGAGACUGGCAGAUUUGGGUUCAUGGAGUUGUCGUUGCUCCACUGCGGGACCGAAGGGCUUUGGUUCAUGUCCGACGCGCUAGCGACAGCCUAAGAAAUCUGAAGUGGCUGGACAGACACCUGUGUGGAAUGCUUUUCGGUCAGGGAACGGAGGUGAGCUUUUCUGCUGCCCUUCAAGCGAUACAUUAUUACACCCACAAGGACGCCUUCUACCACCAGGUGUGGAUGCGAGGGUUUCCUGCUGGUGUGUGCACACCGAUACGCUGUAUGAUUACCACACCAUGUCAUUACAAGAGACUGCUGGCCACCACAAUGACAAAAUACAUGUGCACACUGCCGUUGGGGAGGUGUGAGAAAUCGAUCGCAGUCUAUGUAGACGUAUCCUCGGAUGUGCCUGGCUUCGGGGACUGGUGGGAAACGUUUAUACAAGCGGAAGGUGGCACCAUAGUGGAGAAGUCUGAAUGGUGGGCGAGAGACAGAGAAGGACGGGAAAGGAUGCGUCUAAGCAAUCACGACUGUGUCAUUCUGGAUGUUGAUUAUGAAGAGUCGGAGGAGGAUCGCAAGUACCUGAAUGCACUCGUGGAUAUUCAGACGCCACAGCAAGUGUUUGCUGUGACAGGCACACUGUCGCGAAUAGGAGGUCUCACAUCCAAUUUCGACCACUUGAAGCAGAUGUUCUGGCACAUAAAUGGCUUCGCCUUCGUUCCCUUCUCCAACCUCCCAACCAAUUGGCGAAUAUGGUGCAACAAGUACCAAAACCACUCCACCAUCAACUUUGUGGAGAUAGUGAAGUGGGCCUGCCUUGAUGUUCUUGUGAGGCGAAAUGAGGCAUCCGUGGUCUCAAAUGUAUCAAUGAUUGCAUAA